ACUGUGCAGAUCUGCGCAGCACUGCGCCAAACACGACCAUUGAAACAAACAGGAAAUGUACUAGGUACAGUUCGGUUGAGAGUUUUUUUUUUAAACCUUACAUUUAAAGAAUGCAAAACAACUAACCCUUAAUAUUUCAGGUAUUUAUUGUGAUGUUAAUUCGCGUUGAUAUUUUAUGCCGUAUCUUUUCAAUUAUAAUUCUUCACAGUUUAUUACGUACAUUAAAAAAAAAAACACAUUUUGACAUUUAAUGGGUAUGGAUUCUAUAUUUCCAAUCGUAUCGAAACAGAAAUUAAGCUUGCAUUUUUAAAAUCUGAUUUAGGGAACCAAAAGUGAGUUGCUUCCCUGAGUGAUAUUUUGUGUUAUCUUGACACUGGGAUCCCAAUUUUUUGUGAGAGAUGCUGAUGUAUUAAGAGGACCCAUAGGGUCGUUCUUUAAAAAAACAGGCCCGGUCGUAAGUGUAAUAUAAAACCGCAAUGCCACAGCAGAAAUAACGACAGGUUUAACAAACAGUUAUAAUAACAUUUCACAAAAAUGAGACUAAUUAGCUUUUUGAUGAAAAACAGCUUUCUGGGAAAGCAAGUGGAUUUUUACUCCAGGUUCUCUCCAUCUCCACUCUCUAUGAAACAGUUUUUGGAUUUUGGAUCAGAAAAUGCAUGUGAGAGGACCUCCUUUGUGUUUUUGAGGCAAGAACUACCAGUUAGGUUGGCCAACAUCAUGAAGGAGAUCAAUUUACUUCCAGAUAAUCUGCUGAAAACACCAUCUGUUCAGCUGGUCCAGAGCUGGUACCUGCAGAGUCUAAAGGAAAUCCUCGAUUUCAAGGAUCAAAGUGCAGAAAACGAAAAAGUAAUUUACGAGAACUCAAACUACCGACCUCAGGAGGAUAAAGGCCAGCACUGCAUGUGUCUGCCUUUGAGCUCACUGGACGCCUGCAGAGCACAGCCAGGACGCGAACCAGCGCUUUUCACAGAUGCUUUAAUAAAAAUCCGGAACCGACACAAUGACGUCAUACCCACCAUGGCCCAGGGUGUGGUGGAGUACAAGGAAUGCUACGGCACGGAUCCGGUCUCGAGUCAAAAUGUGCAGUAUUUUCUAGACCGGUUUUACAUGAGUCGCAUAUCAAUCAGGAUGCUUCUGAACCAACACACUUUGCUGUUUGGUGGAAAAGUUAAAGUAAACCCAGCCCACCCCAAACAGAUCGGCAGCAUUGAUCCAAACUGCAAUGUUGUCGAGGUUAUAAAGGAUGCAUAUGAAAAUGCAAGCAGACUUUGUGAUCUAUAUUAUAUGUGUUCUCCAGAACUGAAGAUAGAAGAAUUCAAUGCUAAAGAAAGAGAAAAACCAACAACAGUGGUGUACGUCCCAUCACACCUCUACCACAUGGUGUUUGAACUUUUUAAGAAUGCAAUGCGAGCCACUAUGGAAUUCAAUGGAGAUGCAUUAACACAUCCAGCCGUCAAAGUGUCUGUUGCUUUGGGAAAUGAAGAUUUGACGGUGAAGAUUUCCGAUCGUGGUGGCGGGGUUCCUUUGAGAAAAAUUGACAGACUGUUCACAUACACGUACUCAACUGCACCUCGACCUUGCAUGGAGACCUCUCGUGCAACACCACUGGCUGGGUUUGGGUAUGGCUUGCCCAUCUCCCGUUUAUAUGCAAGGUAUUUCCAAGGUGAUCUUCAGCUGUAUUCCUUGGAGGGUUAUGGCACAGAUGCUGUCAUGUAUAUAAAGGCUUUAUCCACUGAGUCAAUAGAAAGGCUUCCUGUCUAUAACAAGUCGGCUUGGAGACAUUACAAGACCAGUCAUGAAGCAGACGACUGGUGUGUGCCAAGUAAAGAGCCAAAGGACAUGACCACUUUCCGUAGUUUUUAGUUAUGAAAGUCAGGAGAUAAACGGGUCCAGGAUUUCGCUGUAAAAAGCUGACAGGCUUCCUUUGAAGUAGGCAUAAAACAUUUUUAUGGCACUGUAGAACACAAAAUAUUGCUGCUUUUCAUUACUUUUAAAUCUUUCUGAAGACUCCAAAAAUACAGUUUUAAAUAGGACUUUCCCCAUGAAUAGUGCAAUAUAUUUCAAAUAAAAAAUAGAUAAAAUCAAAUAAAUUCUAAUACAAAACACUGCAGUAUUCAUGCACAGUAUUUGAUACAUUUUUUUUUUCUAGAAAAUGUAUCUUAUUAAAUGGUUUGGGAACAACUUUGGUGAAUGUGCUGUGGGAGCCAUUGUUGUUUUAUUAAAAACACUUAGAAAAUCGGGCCUCAUAUCUUCUGAUAUACCCAGGGCUUCUGUUUUUCGGUUUUUAUUCAUUUAAUUUUUCAGUGGUUAUUUUUAGCUGUUUUUCGAGUUUUAUGUAAAUCGUUUUUUUUCAGGGCGUUCGCUUUUAUAUACUAUAUGAAAUUAUUGGUUUUCGGUUACUUUACAAAAUUCUUGAGCAUUUUUUUCUGUCACAAUACGUAUAGUAACUCGACAGUACUUGCACCUUUGCUGUCUUCCACAAUGAAAUCCUUUUGGUCACAGGCAUAUUUUUCUGGGGUUUUUUUUGUGUGUUUAGGCAUUUUUUUUGCAAUUCGCCACAAUUUGCAAUUCUGUUUUAAAUUCCACGAUUGUGUAAAUACUCCCUAUCGAACUGUAAUCUAGCUGUAAAUCGAGCAAGAACAAUUCUCCAAAAGAAAUGCAGGAAUUUGCUGCCACUCAGUAGGUGGUGGGUUUAAAGUAGGGAUGGGCACCAAUGUCGAUAUUUUUGAUAUGAUAUCAAUAUCGAUAAUUUCCAUAUCGUGAUAUCAAAAAAAUAAUUCACGUACGCUUGCAGAGAUGCUGUUUAUUGCUAAUACUGCUAAAAAUACAAACGCAGUAUAAUCAAGUUUAUUUUAUAUUAAGAUACAACAAACCCUAUACAUACCAAUCAUUGUCAGUCCUGUAGGCAAACACCACACGCUAAAGAAUUAUUUAACCAUUUUAUUCCAUUGAUUGGCGUUUAGGUACCAAACGCUUUUUGCAUGCUGCAUUAAGCACUAUUGGCAUUAUUUUGAGAUAUGCACGCACGUCGGGUUCAUUGCAUUUUGUCCGUGAUUAGUUAUGCUGUUAUUAAUUUUUUUUUUUUUUUUUAAAUGUUAACCUUCGGUUUUAUAAAUGAGAUGUACUUUUAAAACAGAUCUCAAAAUAAUGCAAAAUUCGGCAUGACACCGUACUUAAUACUUUGAGGAAUUCGAUUACUUCCGGAUUGGCUAGAAAGUGUGUGUGUGUAGUGAAGUACAGAAAUAUUUCGGUUUUGAGGUGGCUGAUGAUGGAAUAGUAAACAAUAUAACAAGACCUUGUUUUUCUCCAUGGCUAUUGCGAAGCGAAGCACCACUAAGAUAAAGUAGGUUAUUGCUUUCCAUAUGUAAAUAUCUGGUAAUGUCCAUAUAUGUAUAUGUUUCAUAUUGCAAUUGUGUUAUUAUACGUCUGUGUUUUGGAAGACUGAUAUUAUCGACAGACCAUUUUCAUAUCGUUGCCCACCCCUAGUUUAAAGUAUUCAGAACAAAUCAAUGCGGAGGGACAUUGUCCAACUGCACUGGGCAUUUUUUUUUAGUUAAUUUAUUUUCACAGGGAAAGGGGUCAAGUCAACAUGAAUUCAGUAACCGUUUCCAGUGUAUUUCCGGUGUUCUGAUUUCAUUUUGUUUGUAUCGGUUAAAAUCAAAAAUCAGAAGCCCUAGAUAUACCUCACCUGCCUUGUACACCAAUUGAACACUGUAUACAAACACAGAUUACUGAAGUAAUAAUUGUUCAUGAACCUGGAACAAUUUAUUACAAGUGAUUGCAUUAUUUCAUGAAUAAAAUAAGUAAACUGGCCCACAGACAUACUACACAAGGUAAUGUUAUCCAUGCUGCACCAGGGUAAAUAAAACAGUUUUAAUAAUCACAUACUAUAAAACCACUCCAAAAAGUAUAAUGUCUCAGACAAUUUAAGAUUGGGGUUAAACAUGGUAAAGAGGGGUAAGGAUGCAGGUCAGAAUAGCCCGUUGAUGAGAACUGAACACCCCAGUGAUGAGGUGAAGCAUCUCAGCAUUCAUCAAUCAAUCACAAAUCCUGUUGUCCAGAUACAAAAUAGACCUUGUCUUUUAACACAGUUCAUUCAGAUCAAACAUACCCACAGUAUUUAAACACAAUUUGUGACUAUUUCGAUGGCCUCAUGAGUGGCCACAUAUAUUAACACCCUUAUUCAGACAUGCUUGACCUGUGUGGCAAGGUGUCUUCAGGAAAUUGAAUGCAAUUCAUACAUUUUGAUAAUAUGAUCAUGCUUUACCAUAUAUCCGGUGCAUUACUUUUGCUGAUCCUCAUAUUUCACUGAUUUACAUUCUUGUUAUAGUAAGCAGUGCUUUGUUAACAAUAUUUUUGUAGGUCUUUUGAAGAAAGGUAGAUUUAGUGUGCUGUGAAAUACUUUUUCAUUGUGGUCAGCAAUAGGUUUUUGUGGUAGUCCUGCUAAGCAGGAACAUUUUGUAUUUUGAAUUAUUUUUUUAGUAAGUAUAUUCCAGAGUGGAUACAUUAUAUAAUGAUCUGCCUCUUUGAACUGUGCUGUAUUUUUUUUUUUUUUUUGAUUAUUGUAAAUUGGUGGUGGCGUAAAGGAAAUGUAUAUUUGCUGUGGUAUAAGAAAUGAUAUGCUUAAAAAAAAACAAUCAUGAAGCUGCAAUUUCUCUUUACUGUGAAUGGAUAAAUGUUGUUCCUGUGUUUAGGUUGCACGUUGAAGCUGCUUUUGCUACUUCUGUAUAUAGACGGUCUAAUGUCAUUCAUUGGGCAGAUUUGGGGAAGAAGUCUGCACCCGGACGCACAGGCACCAGUACCACACCAUAGGCUAUGUACUCAAAUAGAAUUUACAUAUAUGGCCAAAAGGUUUGCAUCACACAGUGGAAUAUUAGGAUGCAGACAUAAUUUAAAAAAACAAAAAAACAAUAUGAACAUUAUUUCGAUAUUUUAUUUCACAUCAUGCAAUCUAAAAAACUACAAAAUGGUAUCCCAAGUUUACCGGAAAAACUACAAUAGUAGUACUGUAUUUUAUGUUAGAUUCCGAAAUGUCACAUUUUUCAAUUUUUGGAAAACUACAAAGCUGUAUGUAAUUUCAGUAUGUCAAUGUAACAUUAUUAAUUCUAUCAGGCGUGAUGCAAAACUUUUGGCCAUAGCUGUAAUGUCCCCCAUAUAAUCUACUAAAUAAAUACACUGGUUUGUUCUUCAA